GUGGGCGGAAACCAGACAGGUCCAGCAGGGUCACGGCGCCUGCGCACUGCUUAUACCAAUACUCAGCUUUUGGAACUUGAGAAGGAAUUCCACUUUAACAAAUAUCUGUGUCGGCCUAGAAGAAUAGAAAUAGCCGCCUCUUUAGAUUUAACGGAAAGACAGGUUAAAGUUUGGUUCCAAAAUAGACGAAUGAAAUAUAAGCGUCAAUCUCAG